GUGACCUACGACGAACACACCGGAAACAAACUAGCCAAGCAACAAAUUAACUUAUUCCAACUUGGAUCUGGUGGAUUUGGGGGUUCAAAGAAUUCUGAAAACAGUGAAAUCAACAUUUACGAAAUUCAACCGGUGCCGCGGCGCAAUCCAGACUUUACCUUGGAGCAAAAAACAGACGAAUCACAAGCAGCGUUAUAUCGUUUGGCUGGCUAUGAUCCCAACCCGCUGCAUAUUGAUCCUGAGUUUGCUUCUGGUUUUGGAUUUGAAAAACCGAUUUUGCAUGGCCUUUGCACACUUGGCUUUUGCGCAAGGCAUGUGUUAAAGGCGUACGCUAACGACAGCUCCGAAUAUUUUAAGGCUAUCAAAGUUCGUUUUACAAGUCCCGUGAUGCCAGGCCAAACGCUGCGGACAGAGAUGUGGAAAGAGGGAGCGAGAGUACACUUCCAGGCAAAAGUGAAAGAAACCGAUAAAUUGGUAAUAUCGAAUGCUUACGUUGACCUGCAUGAAGUACCUGAGAAUGUGGUCAGUAAGGUGAAAGAAACCGAUAAAUUGGUGAUAUCGAAUGCCUACGUUGACUUGCAUGAAGUACCUGAGAAUGUGGUCAGUAAGGUAAGUGAUUAAGG